CGACAUAUAUUUUUUAUUCUUUUCAAAUGAUACCACAAGUUAAAUUUUAUGUAAUUGUUAUUUAAAUUUCGUUGUUGUUACGAGUUGUCUAUGUUUAUACAACUUUUAUACUCGUUUGUACAAUGGGCUGUGUCUGUUUUGUUCACAUAGUCUUCAAUACAGGAUGUUUAGACCAAUUAAUUAUAAAUAACGAAAACGUGAAGUUAGUUUUUUGUUAUUAUCAUGAUGCCGCACAUUUUUGGGACGUUAUUUUGUGACCGUACAACUAAUGGAGAAAGCGCAUUUCUAACAUAAGGUGGAGAUUAAAUUUGCGUUAAAACAAGUGUGAGUUCUCUUUAGCUGGUAAGAAAUGUAGCUGAUAUGCUAACUUGCCUGCAGCACCUAAAGUUUCCACCCCUAAAAAAACACACAGGCUGAACUUCACAGCAGUCUCCACCUAGUGGUUUUACUGAACAAAACUCAAAGUUCAUGACCACUUCACUGUCCCGAACCGAGUGCUGAUCAGAUUUCACAACUCGACUUAUUUUUGCCAAGGUUAGUUUUUAAUAAAAACGAGGUGAAAUGGCAGAGGCUAGACUCGGAGAACCGGAUCGAUACACCUGCGCGAUAUGUUUGGAUAUGUUGAAGGACCCCGUGACUAUUCCUUGUGGACAUAGUUACUGUAUGAGAUGUAUCGAUAAGUGCUGGAAAACGGAAGAUCACAGAAGUGCCUACAGCUGUCCCCAAUGCAGGCAUGUCUUCAAUUCGAAGCCUUCUCUCAACAGAAGUACAGUACUUGCUGAAAUAAUGGAGAGGAUAAGAGAUACAACACCACAGGUGUCAGAGUCUGCUGAAAGUCUUGCUGGUCCUGGAGAUAUUGCUUGUGAUUUUUGCCAGGAAAGAAAGUUCAAAGCAGUCAAAUCUUGUCUGGAAUGUCUGUGCUCUUACUGUGACAACCAUUUACAGCCUCACUAUAAUGUUCCUGCCCUGAAGAAACACAAGCUGGUUAAAGCUGCCAUUAUAUCAACCUGCUCCAAACAUGGCAAGCUACUAGAGGUUUACUGUCGUACAGACCAAAAAUGUGUCUGCACCCAUUGCUUGUUGGAAGACCACAAAGGCCAUGACACGGUCGCAUCAGCAGUGGAGCGAAUUGAGAAAGAGAAAAAACUCAAAGAGAAUCAGAAAAAAGUCAAGCAAACUAUCCAGACAAAAGAGAAAGAGCUGCUUAAGAUGACAACAAACAUCACAUCCCAUUCAAAUUCUGCAGAGAAGGUGGUGGUGGACAGCAAGAGAAUCUUCACUGAAUUAGUCCGCUUUAUUGAGAGGAGAAGCGCAAAGAUUAUUGAAAAGAUUGAAGCUUAUCAAAACGCGGAUCUAGAUCAAGGUGCGGAACUUCAAGAGAAGCUGCUGUUGGAAAUCACUGAAUUGCAGAGGAGGGAUGGAGUUCAAGAGAGACUUUUACAAACUGAAGACAACAUCCACUUUCUUCAGAAUUGUGGCUCUGUGUCUUCUGAGUCUGACCAUUUCCCCAGCCUCUCUUUCAAGCCAUGCUGCUCUUAUACGGAUGUCAGCAAGCUCACCAGUGAACUUAAACAGCAACUGGAGAAGGUUUUCGAUGAGGAAAUAAGCAAAACAUUAAAUAAAGUUUCAGAUCUGGGCACAAAGACCACUCCAGUCAGUAUCAUCAAGAUUGGAGACAAAGUCAGAGUAAAACCUUCUGUUCACACCCCAAAACACGACUGGGGAAAUGUCACAGUUAAGAGUGUGGGCGUGUUACAAUCUAUCAAAGAUGAUGGAAAUUUGAUUGUCGACUUCCCUGGACAUGCGGACUGGAAAGGAAUUCUUUCAGAAAUAGAGCUAGUAACUGUUGAUAAUGAGUUUGAUCAAUCCAGAUUUAAAAUUGGAUCAAGUGUACGUGUGAAAGCCUCAGUUGACACUCCAGAGUAUGGAUGGGGAGAUGUUCCCAAAAAUGGCAUUGGAAUUCUAAAAGCUAUAAAUGGUGAUGAGUUGACUGUUGAUUUUCCUGAACAUUCGGGCUGGACUGGCAUGAUUUCUGAGAUGGAGCUAGAACCUACGGAUGACACAGAUCAUUCUAGGCUUAAAACUGGAUCAAGAGUACGUGUGAAAACCUCCGUAGACACUCCAGAAUAUGGAUGGGGAGAUGUUACCAAGAAUAGCGUUGGAAUCGUGAAAUCUGUAGAUGGUGAUGAGUUGACUGUGGAUUUUCCUGAACAUUCGGGAUGGACUGGCAUGAUCUCUGAGAUGGAGCUCUGCUGAUCAAACAAGUGUUCCAAGAACAUAUCAUCUGGAUUAAAGUCUUGGAGCAGAUUGUUCAAGGUACAGCAGGUAGACCUCUCUGGAUACUAACGACAGAGACAAGCUAAAGCUGUAUUUGGGACCAAAGGGACUGUGAAUUUACCAGAGCAAUCUGAAUGGACUGGCGUCUCAGAGAUUGAAGCUCACAUGACACAUGGGACCCAAGAGCUGCUGUGAUGAUUAAACAUACUGUCACUGGGCAAAGGUUUACAUAUAUGUGAUCUAGUGUAUGAUAAACCAGGUAAAAUCAUUUGCUGUUUUUUACAUAAAAUCAUCCUACAUAAUGUAAAGAACAUUCUUUGAAAAAGUGACCUUGAUACAAUUAAUACUGACUGUGUAAGACCAUGUCUAUAAUUGAAUUCUUAGUGAUAUUAAGGGUUAAAAAUCGAACUUUGACGCUUCUUAUCUUAUAAUUAUAAUUAGCCUGGUUUUCACAGAGUAGUCACAGCAUUCCUUAUGUUUUUUUAACUAUUUUAAAUACCAUACAAUUUGACCUAUUUAACCAUAUUACAAUAUUAAUUUUUAAAAUUCUUAAUUUACUGUCAGUGAGAAACAAAUUAUAUAAAAAUGAAGUUUUUAUAUUCCAAUAAAUGCUUGUGGUGAGUAAAUAAAAGCAUGCACCACCUUUUUACAGCUA